UAGAUAAAAUAUCUAAUGUGUUUCCCUCUUUCUGUGUGUUUCUUCCAGUGGAGACCCGAACUCAGGAUGGGGAGCACCGAACCAAGGGCAGACACAGCUGAAUGUGGUGACCACCAUCUUCCCCGUGCACACCACCCAGAGCGGCCCGUUCACCCACAACACGCCCGGAUUUGCCAACACCACCAUGACAGGAGCCUCCGGCCACACGCAGCAGCCUCAGGGGUACGCAGGCAUGAACAAGCCAGGCUAUAACCCACAGGGAAUGCCACCCUACAAUGGUUACCCUCCGACUCCAAACACCCCCGGCUCCAACCAGCCCCCCAUGUCCGGCGCCGGCCCCAACGACUACACAGCGCCCCCUGGGGCCCUCUCGGCAGCGGCCUACGUAGCAGCCGCAGCCACAGCCACAGCCACCGCCACGGCCACCGCGAGCAUGGUGGCCAUCCAGGAGCAGCAGAACCAGCACCAGCAGCAAAUGAACAUCAAUAUGCACAUGAACAUGAACAAUCAGUAUGGCCCAGGGAUGCAGAUGCCCCCCGGCCAGCACCCGUAUGGAGGUCAGUACCCCCCAGGCAUGGGUCAGCGCCACCCCGGCCCGCCCAUGCCCAUGGGAGGCGGACCCUGUCCUGCCCCGGGACCCAUGAAGCAAAAUAUGGGGCCAAUGUAUGCAAGACGGCCUGCACCCUACCACCACCCUUACAUGGCCAAGAGGCCGAUGUAUGCAAAUAACCAAAUGGAGUUUGUCCCAGGCGGCCCUGGCCCCCACGGACCGUACCCCGGCCCCCACCAGCAGUACCCGGGCAAGCCAGGCUACCCUCCCAGCCAGCAGCCCUUGCCCUCCCCCACCUACGGCAUGCCUCAGGGUCCCAUGGGGGGCAUGCGCCCUGGCGGCCCCUCCCCCUACCCCAAUGGCCAACAUCCCUACAUGGCCCAGGGCCAGUACGGCCACCCGCAGCGGCAGCCUGGCCCACCCGCUCCCAACUACACACCCUAUCCUGGCCAAACAGUUCCCCAGCCAAACAGUUUCCCCCACUCCCCGAUCCCCGGGAACCCGACACCCCCCAUCACCCCCGGCUCAGUGCCGGGCUACCCUGUGGACAUGAAGGGAUACCCGGCCGACAUGAAGCCUGCCUACCCGCCUGACGUGAAACCCAUGGUGAAGCCCAAUCCGGACGAGCUGAGGUUAACAUUCCCCGUGCGGGACGGUGUUGUGUUACCGCCGUUCCGACUGGAGCAUAACCUGGCCGUCAGCAACCACGUGUUCCAGCUCAGGGAGACGGUCUACAACACUCUCAUGUACAGAUCGGACCUGGAGCUUCAACUGAAAUGCUUCCACCACGAAGACCGGCAGAUGAGCACCAACUGGCCGGCCUCUGUGACGGUCAGCGUCAACGCCACACCACUCAACAUUGAGAGGGGGGACAACAAGUCCACACACAAACCGCUUUACCUCAAAGACGUGUGCCAGGCGGGCCGCAACACCAUCCAGAUCACCGUCACUGCUUGCUGCUGCUCCCACCUGUUUGUCCUCCAGCUAGUCCACCGACCCAGCAUCCGCUCCGUCUUACAGGGCUUGUUACGGAAGCGGCUCCUUCCCGCGGAAAACUGCAUCACAAAAAUCAAAAGGAAUUUCUCCAACGUCCCGCCCAACAACGCCGUGAACGGAGAGGACGGGGUGGAGCAGACGGCCAUCAAAGUCCCCCUCAAGUGCCCCAUCACGUGUCGGAGAAUCACACUGCCUGCCAGGGGACACGACUGCAAGCACAUACAGUGCUUUGACCUGCAGUCUUACUUGCAACUCAACUGUGACAAAGGCUUGUGGAAAUGCCCUGUCUGCAAUAAAUCGGCCUUGUUGGAGGGUCUGGAGAUUGACCAGUACAUCUGGGGCAUCCUGACCAACAUGACCAACCAGCAGUUUGAGGAGGUGACCAUCAACCAGACAGCCAGUUGGAAGCCUGUGCCGGUCAAGUCGAUGGUCAAGGAAGAGGAUAGCGGCAACCCGGAGUCGUGCCAGAACAACUGGAUGAAGGCCAUGUCUCCCUCCAGCAUGCAGCUCCCCACCAUGAUGAGCUGGGACGCUGGUCCACAGGCCUCGCCCUACAACCUUCCCCCUCCCUCCACUCCAGGUGACCCAAUGAGCCAGGGCUUGCGGCACGACCCGGCCCGGCCCCCCAGCAACAAUCACAUGACGCCACGCCCCUCGUCGCAGCCCCACCCUCAGCAAAAUGGCAGCCACAGCAGCAACCUCUCUCACCCGUCGCCCAGCAGUAGCAGCAGCAAUAACAACCCCAUCAUCACCGCCACCACCACAUGCAACAGCACGCCCACCACCAGCAUCAACAACAUCAACAACAAUAACAGCAACAACAACAACAAUAACAGCAACGGCAUGACCGCAAACAACGGUAACAGCAACAGCAUCAGCAGUUCAUUACCAACGGACUGUCAUGCACUCGGAGACUUGAACUUCGAUCCCGCAGCAAUUAUAAAUGGUGACAGUAGUGCUGCCCAAGGGCUUGAGCUACUGACGGACAACCUAAGUGAUAUGGAACUGUUGACGGCCUACCUGGGCCCAGCAGACUCAACGGGGGAUAACGGACAGAACUCGUCAAAUGCUGGCGAUGAUCUCCUGGCAUUCUUCGACUCGUAGACCCCCCCCUACCCUCAUUCAAGGACCACACACCAAAGCCUACCAUGUCUUAUUGUUGGAGAAAAAGUUGCCGGGCAAGACGAGGGCUGUGCUUGUGGUAAUCGUCACUGCCACAUUCAGGGGGUAUGAGGGACCACAAUUCCCUUUCGUACCUACUACAGCGCACCCCCGCAGCUUUUACGAGAGAAAUUUGAAAUCUGAAGCUCCACAUCAAACCAGAUACUGCUCGUAGGGUACGUCUUGAGCUACCUGCACCUACACACUUGUGAGCAUGCUGGCUCUCUGUUUUGUCCGUAAACCUACCGCUACUUUAUAGCGAGGUCCAUUCACUCAAGAAACGAGAGAAGAUUCAAAAGUGUGAGAGUUUGUUCAGCACUCGACUUCAUUGAUCUGUUCUCGUGAUGUACAUCCAAGGUGGUUGUUGUUCAAGCUAUGAACAGAUUCCGGAUUACUGCAUAGUUUGUUCCCCCACCUCUCACCUGACAUCUCAUUCAAACAUUUCUGCUUUCCGACAUGGAAUAGACAGUCAUUGAGGGUGACAACUCACAUGGAUGUAUUAUCAACUCUGUGUGACAUGGAUCUGCUGUGAAAAUCAGUGGCAUGCCCUGAUCUCCCUCUGUUUCCUACAGCCCAAGUGCAUACAGACAUUUGUGUUACGAAACGGUACAAAGUAAGUGUGUGAGGUUUUCUCUAGAUACGAUGGCAUAACGCAAAUGUGCCAAGUACAUUUUUACUGUGGAUUAAAAGCGCUCUGCUGGAAAAGCUGCUCCUCAAUGCACUACCACAACAAAUGCUUCUUUGUGAAGCUGCUGCUGCCUUCCCUACCCGGGACUCACACAAACCAGAUCUCCUCCUUACUGUAACAGCAAUCAAACAGACUGUUUGCAAAUGAUGUUUGUGCUAUUUAUACAACACUUGUGUGUUGAGUGACCUUUGCAAGAUUACCCAUGAUACCGAUCUUCUUUUGCCACAAGAUCAAAAACUUAUUCAACAAAUCACAAAGUUAUGUUUGCUGUGGUUGGCCGCCCUGCUGAGGCCCACUUAUCCAAUCAUAUCAUCUGAGACAAGUAUCCUGCUGGUUCAAGUUUACUUGCUGACAGACUGACUGACCUGCAUUCACUUUUUAUCAUGGAUUAGAGUGAAAGACUUGCACACUGCAGAAUGGGUGGUUUAGGGGCCACUGGGACUGGGAUUGGCUGUAUCCUAUCUCACACACCCCCCUCCCCCACCAAACACAGGACUGUUUUUAAACUUGGUGUCGUUUGUUCAUGUGCUUUCAUACCUAACUUUCAGGCAAAAGACCUACAUUUUCUGCGCACUGGUGUUGCAAACUAUGGAUAUGCUUGAAGCAGUUUUAGAAGUUACGAAGUGGUGGUGGUUGCUGUAGUGGCCUAUUGAUGAUGGCCUUACGGCUGCCAAGUUUGAGGAAGGCUGCACAAGCAAACCUGGAUGGAACUGAGCGAUGGAGAGGACCAGUAUUUUCUGAAACACUCGCACUCUACUCAGUGCUGGAUGUACCAUUUGGAUUUUGCUCAUCGCUGUAAUAACUUCACAUCGUUAAUUAAUUAUUUGAUUUUUUAAAUAGUUUUUUUUUUUCUGUUCUUACGUCGUCGUGGUGAAAUUUUUUUAGUAGAAACUAAAAUGAGUCGGGAUCAAGAGGGGAUUGUCAAAGGGAACAAACAAAAGCAGUGCUGUAUAGGUUUACGUCGCUGACAGAUUUUUAAAAAGUUUUAAUUAAUUUUUUAUUUUUAUGAUCUUUCAAAAUUUUGUUUUUCUUAGUUCUGUAGGUCCUGCGAUAGUAAUCUACUCACUUCCUUAAUUCACGUCAUCAUCAAACAUUGUCUUCACUUUUGAACGUGACUGAGACAAUUUUAAUGCUUGUUUCAUCACAAAGCUGUCUCAUACAAGAGUAAUCAUGCCUUUUACAUCCAGUCAUAAUUCAGUUUGGUCAGACAUAGUGAAAAAUUUCUAGUCUUCCCUCGACUGCUUUUUUUUUUUUUAAAUUACAGUUUUCUUACCAGCUGCUUCCAACAGGUGAAGGUUCCCGGAUGUCUUCAGAUAUUGCUUCCUUUGGUUUGUUUAAAUUGGUUUCUUACACAAUUCAUCUUCAUAAAUACUUGAACUUCCAUACAUUUUAUUUCCUUGGAUUUUACUCUGUAUACUUACAGCCGUGCACAUGUACUUUGUACAGAAAUCCAGUCCUCUCAUUUCUGCUCCUUUUAUCACUUUGCCAUCACAUGCAUUUUGGGGAAAAUCCAAAGAAACUGGGUGGUAGACAUCGCGUUUUGUGACAGGAGCGGAAGUUCGACUUCUUGCCGAUCGGCGAGAUGUGACCAGCAAAGUGUUAAAGGGUAACGAAACAGAGGUGCUUGUGGUGCUGAAAAGUCUUUGGUUGGCUUUGGCGUUUUGAACUGCGUAGAUUGCACCGGGUUCCAUUCUGCAUAACAUGGGUUGAAAUUGGUUCAGCGUUUCUGUCGACAGGCACGAGAACUAUGAACACCAGCAUUUUAAUUUAUUCUUUAGUUGUGGCAUUUUUAUCUUUGAAAGUUCUUCUCCCGUCAAUGAUUUGUGCGAGAAGCUGCCAUUGUUUUUCACUCCGACCUAACCGACUGUAUGAGGCACAAGUUACUCAGAAUAUCCCCUGCCAGUAUGAUGACAUUUUUAUCUCAAGUUCAUCGCUCGUUUAUAUAUGCCUUUAGAUAGUGGGAGAUGUUUGUAAAAGACGAGGUAAAGAAUGUUUUAUGAAAUGUAUUUAUCUUAUGAUGUGAAUUUUUAAAGAUUGGUUUUGAGAACUUCUAAGCAAAGUGUAGAUGUUUACUAUGCAGUUUUGUUUGUUGCAGAAAGAUGUUGAUAAAUGUCAAAGUGUAUUACAGGGUGACCAUUCAUUAAUAACCUGUCCAUGAUCUUCUGAAAUAUUGUGAGGGGGAAAUGAUUAAUCCUUAAUUUUUUAACUAGUCUGAUUUUUGUUAGGUAACUGAUGCCCUUAGACAAGAUGUUAAUUUGGAGUGAGUUUUUGCUGGCACAGACUCUUAUGACGAGUUAUUGUACUGUGGGAGUUUGACGUGGAAGUGUUUUGCACUCAGUAUGUUGCAUCAACUUUUUCUCAGACAUUUCUCUUUCUUUAGGCAAAGUCUUAGUGUUUCAGGUACUUUUGCUCUCUCAUUCUGUCUGAACUAUUGUGUAGAUAAAAAAAAUGGAGAAAAUUUAUUCCUGGUAAUUGUCUUUGGUUUUGUGUAGCAUUGUUUUUUGUUUUUUUUUCUUGGUCUUGUUUUUGUGUUUAUGUCAUGGGGAAAUGUGAUCUGGCUCUCAUUUGUCUUGUUGAUGUGUAUAAUUUUGUGGUGUUUUUACCUACAAGUUCACGAGUCCAUGUGCACAAUAUCUUGUAUGGUGUGACUUUUUAAAAACUGGAUGGCUUUUGUAGAAACAUCACCCAGUGUCCAGUGUGCUGGGUGGUUAUGCUUACGCAACAGUGUCUUGCCAGAUGAAACGUUUGUGGUUUGAAUCCCAGCAUCCAAAACUAGACAUAGAUAAAAUCACUCAUAUUAAUAGGUAUUGAAGAGGUUAAAAAGUGCAUUGAUGUUGCAUUAGCAUUCAGGGAAUUGUAGAUCUACACAUAUUUUGGCAUUAUGAGUACAAAAAUAAAUUGAGGUAAGGACAAACAGGUUUAAGCAAUGGAAAUGAAAGUGAGCCGUUCUUUAUCUUAUGGCGUUUUCCUCUUCAAUUCUUGAAAACCAAAAAAGUUUCUUUUGUAACACAAUUUCAAUUUCUUGCCGGACAAAUUUUAUUUAAAGCUCUACAUACUGAUUGACCUGGCUUCACUUUUCAGAAUUUUAAUAUGUUUUUUAAAAAUAUAGUCAGGUUAAUAAAUUUUUUUUUGUAAAGACCUCGAUCUACUUUAAAAAACCAGGCAUUUUUCCUUUGUCAGGUGUGUGAACAAAAGAUAUUAUUCCUAUAGAGCUACCAGUUAAGACUCGGCUUUUUCCCCAUGUACGGGCUACGCGAUCAAAGUUUUAGCUCAUGUAUGUGUAUGGACAGAGAAUAGAGAACCAUUCAUCCUCAAUCCAGAGUAACUCCCAUGUUUUUGUGUUAUCAAAUAUAUAUACGUCUUUUAAUGCGAGUUUUGAAAACCAUGAUCAGAAGGCGCAAGUGGAUAUAAUUAUGUGGAGUGCAUGAAUGAAGCCAGUGUGGAAUGCUCUAGAGAUGCAAAUGGUUGGUUGGUAGAAGAAUGUUGGUCCGUGCGCAUGAGGAGCAAGCCUAUCAGUUGAUGUGAAUUGUAGUUGACUCUAGCAAAAGCAGUUGAAGAAGAGUGAAUCCGUUCCUUUCAGGCAGCAGAAACAUGUCACCUCAUUUGGGCCACAUCGGCAACUUUUUUUUUUUCCGUGUUACUUUGAUGUUUGUGAAUGUAGGUGUUUUGUCUUUUUUCUCUUUUUUUUUGUGUUCCCAUUUCUGUACAUAAAUGAGUAAAACAAAACUUGGGUCUUGUAAUGAUGCAAUGUUUUUAUUAUCACAUUUGCCCUGUUGUCGUCAUCGUCAUUAUCAUUAUCAUCUCAUAAACAUCAAAACCAUGUACUAUUAUGGCUCGGCCAUCCUGUUGUGUAGAAGUCAAUAUCAUCAUAUCAGAAUUUUGUCCUCACUCCCUUACUGUGAGCACCAGUGCGAAGGCUCACGUCCUCUCUCUCGCUCUCUCUUUGUCUCUCUCUCUCUCUUCUCCUCUCCUCUUCUCUCCUCUCUCUUUCUUUCUCUGUCUCCCUCCCUCUCUCUCUCUCUCUCUCUCUCUCUCUCUCUCUCUCUCAUCUCUUCAUCUUGUAUUUUAUUGUUACAAUUUCUUAUUUAAGUUCUGACUCCUAGAA